AGAAGACUAGUCUGUACCCGAAUGUAAUUAUGAGAGGAACAAAAUUAAUAUUGAUGGAGGUAGGAAAUGUAAAAUUUCUGGAUUCUCUCAAUUAUUUUCCUAUGCCUCUAACUGCUCUACCCAAGGCGUUUGAUUUGAAAGAGCUAAAGAAAGGAUACUUUCCACAUUUAUUCAACACUUUGGCUCAUCAGAAUUAUGUAGGGCCAAUUCCAGCGCUCGACUUCUACGAUCCCGACCAUUUAAAGGAAGACGCUCGGGAAAAAUUAUUAAAAUGGCAUGGCGAAAGACAAGCGGAGGGAUACGUUUUUGAUUUUCAGAAAGAAAUCGUUGAAUACUGUAUCUCCGAUGUGGAAAUAUUGACACAGGCGUGUCUCAAAUUUCGAGACCUGAUGAAAACCGAAACCACAGUCGAUCCCUUCCAGGAAAGCACCACUAUUGCAUCAUGCUGUAACAAAGUCUUUAGACGCAAUUUUUUAAAACCUGAGACGAUCGGGGUAAUUCCAAAAGGGGGCUAUAGAUGGCGUGAAAAUCAGUCAAAAAUUGCCAUCCAAUGGCUGUUGUGGGAGGAACAUCAAAGAGGAAUCAAAAUUCAACACGCCGCUAAGGGUAUAGAAACCAUUGUUAAGGGACAUAAAGUAGACGAUUCUACCGAACCAGAACUUAUACACCCCGUUUUACCGUCAAAAAUGAACAACAAAUUGAUGUUUGUUAACUGUCAAAAAUGUGGUGAAGAUUUCGUUCGAGAAGAGUGUCAGCAUUCUAUUCAAGAAAGAAGCCUAAAAGGAACUUGGGUGAUAGAAGAGGUGCUCAAAGCUAUUGAAAAAGGUUACCAGAAUAGAGACUUACGAAAUAUGGGAAUACGAUACAAUUCAGCUCAGUAA